AUGGUUAAACAUAGAUGCACGAAACAAAAUGUAAAGAACGUAAUUGAAUAUACUGUCCUAGUUGUAAUAUAUAUAAUGAUAUGGGCUAUACUAUCCAUUUAUGGCUUAAUAAAAAAAGGAAAAGAAGCGCUCACGUUUUUACUUCGCACUUAUAAUGAAUUACAUAUAAAAACAAAUGUACAAAAGCUUCUGAACAUUUGCAACAGUUUUACAUGGUUGAAUCUGAAGAAACAAUGUCUGUGUAAUAAAAUCUUUCCAAAGUGUCUUAACUUUUUUAAGCACCCAAGAUCCAUUAACACGGUAAAAAACAAAAACAUUACAAAAACACCAAAGCAUGUAUAUAUUGUGUUAAAAUCAAGUGAUAUUCUUAUAUUAAGUAAGAGAAAAUUUUCAUCUUACCUCGUGAAUAUUCUUAUAUGUCUAUAUGAACACAAAGUCUUUCACGUCAGCAUAUACAUCUCGAAUAGAUUAUUUGAUUCUUCCUUUUAUGAUUACCUUGCUCGUGAACUGCAAGAGCAUCGCUUUUUUAUGAACACCACCACGGGUCUGUUACCCAAUGCACACGGGGGAAGAGGCGUAAGAUGUGCAGGCCAAUGUGGUAAUAGAAGUGAUGGAAGUGAUGGAAGUGAUGGAAGUGAUGGAAAUAGUGCUAAUAGCAGCACCGAAGGUGUCUCUGAAAUGACGAAUGAGUACGGUGAAAAGGAUGGGAGGCACAAAUUCUCCAUCGCAAAAUUUAAACUCUCCAAAAAUUGUAAACUAAGGGGGCAUGAAGGACAAGAUCGAAAAUUCUGCCAAUCGGACUGCAGGGUUGAAAAAGCGCGUCUCCAUUUAGAGUUCAUGAACAGAAGGAGUGCACAUAACCAGCUAAUUAAAUUGGCAGAAAAGAGACAUGUAACAUCAGAAGGAGAAAUUGUAAGAGAGGCACUUUGCAAUCAUGUGUACAAUAAAAAUGUAGAAAAUUUAAUAAAAAAUAUUUUCGAUUUUGAUAAAAAGAUAUUUUAUGAAGAAAAAUCAAAAUAUGAUAAACGAACAUAUCAUAUUUUGAUUUUUUUUAUUAAAGAAAUGAAAGAAAUAUGUGUGACUCAUUUAAAACAUAUCUAUUGCUUAAUGCACGAAAAGGUGAUACACAAUUUAUCUCGAAUAAGAAAAAUUGUAAAUUUUUUCAAAGCCCUUUUGGGAAUACAACACUAUCCAAUAAAGGGAAAGAAAUACAAUAAAUGGGCUGAUAUGUCUAAACGAAAAAAAGAAAAAGUUGCUACCAAUAUUAACCAUAAAAAUGAAGAUGAGAAAAGAGGCAACAUUCUGUGCAACAAAGAAGAACUCACAAGAGAUACAAACGUAAUUGAACUUAUGCACGAAUUUCUUGAAAAAUCAGUUGUAAAAGAUCAAAAAUCAAUAGAAACAAUAAAACAGUUAACACGAAAUAGUAUCCCUCUUUAUGUCAAACCGAUUUAUAAUGACAUUUUCCAAGAUGACAUUAAGAAUCUUUUUAAUUACACACCUGUCGAUGUUGUUAUAUCACUAAGAGUUGGAUUAAUUGAUUAUUUAGCAUAUGUCUUUCGGUGCUAUAAAAAUAAAAAAUCUUUUCAGAAAAAAAAAUUUAUAAAUUUUUUAAUGGAUUAUUUAAGUUCUUUUUUUUUUUUAUAUACCAUUAUUCACCCUUUUAAAAAAAAUGGAAUACAACCAUGGGUUUUGUCAAAUUCAGAGGUUUAUGAAUUUUUUGGCUACAACGUAUCAUUCGUGAACCAAGCGAUGGCUUACUAUGCCAGUUCGAUGCAGAGACAUGGGUACUGA